AUGAUCAGCAAUGUGAAGAAGCAGCUGUGGUCCCUGGCCCGCUUGGUCCUGCCCUGUGUGGGGCUCGCGUUGGCCUGCAUCGGGGUCUACGUGGCGUACAUGCAGACAGAGUACACUUUGAAGGUCAUCACUGCCUUCCUCAUGAUUGUGUUCGGCGUCCUGGCUGUGCUCAUCGGAGUCUUCUGGUCCAUCUGCCACAGCAUGAAGAGCAAGAUGUACCAGAGAGGAGAACACGAACAGCACAUCAAUGUCUACACUAUUGAAAGACCGAGCUCCUUCCCUCCAUCGUACGAGGAGUCCCAGGGCAGCCAGGAGAGUCCUGAUUCAGCCCCUCCAGAGUUUGUUGUCGUGGUCGACGGGGUGGAUGUGGCGAUGAGCCUCGCUCCUCCUCUGUACAGCCGGGACAGCUUGGACGCUCCAGACUGCACUUGGAGCUGGGAGCAGCCUCCUCGGUACAGUCAGGUAGAACGGAUUGGGCAGGAGGAGGUGGUUGCAGAGGAGCGGACGGAGGCCUCGUCCAGACACUGA